UAACGAUAUUCGAUAUGGCAUUCGUCUAUCAAGGUGAUACAGACUUGGAAUCAAAAGCUAAAAAAGCGGCUGAGCGUAUUUCUGAAAACAUGCAUAUUGUAGCAAAUGAACCUUCGCUAGCAUUAUACAGACUGCAGGAACAUGUAAGAAAAGCUUUACCACCCAUGGUUGAACGCAGAGUCGAAGUCACGAAAUUGCAGCAUGAACUGCAAGGCAGAUGCUAUGAUGUUGAGUACGCUUUGAGUGCCGUAAAGUCAAUGGAUGGUGCAGCUACAAGCUUCAAAAACAUUCAGGAGAUGUUGAAACAGUCUAUAUUUUUAAAACAACAAUUAAAAUAUGAGGAGGCUAGGAGAAAUAAAAAAGAUACAAAUUCUGUUUAUAAGCGCCUCUCUGCUCACAUUGUGUUAGACCUUCCAGACCUGUCCGAAUUCUCUAUGAUCCGUGAAACAACAAAUAGAUUAGAGAACAUCAUGACUCAAGCUAGAGGCUCUAAUAAUGAACUACAUAGGUCCCAUACUACAUUACAUUAGAAUAAUCAAAAUAAUAAUUAGUACGGUAGAACCUUGAUCAUCCGAACCAAUUAAUACAUAAAAUAUGAAAUUUUUGAUAAAACUUUUUUAUGAACCGCUGUAACACUUUUGAGUGGCUACAUCUCGCAGUGGUUUAAGAAGGAGAAGUUGCUUGUGUUGGACAAUCUUCUUCAUGUCUUUCGAAGCAUUCAAGACCAAUCUCAAAAGUGGCAAAUGCCUCCGCAUACGUAAACAAUUUGCUGCUCAUGGCAGAGGCAGCCAGUAAUAAUGUUUCGGAUAAUUGUAGCCAUAGAGGUUCUACUGUAGUACCAAUUAAGAGAUGGAACAGUGGUUCCAUAACAGUAUUUGAACUAAUUGGAACGUUCUAAUAGAAUUAGUUUCAAAUACAUUUAAAUUGUUAUGUUAAAAAAAAAUAUUCGAGACAUACUAUUACACUAAUCAAAAUAAUUAUCUAAUAUGAUUUUAAACAAUUAAAAUCAUAUUCAAUUUAGAAACAAUUUAAACAGAAAAAUAACUUAGUAUAACUAUCAUAUGUCAGUCAAGACCAAUGGCCAGUAAAGUAAGUAAUAAACUAAAAUGAAAAAAAACGUACAUAAAACAUUCAUUCAUUCUUUCUAUCAUGUUUUCAACAUUUGAAAGAAAAGUCAACAAAUUGGUUUGUUGAGACACUUGAUUUUCAAAGAAUACUGAAAAAUGUUUGAUAACAAGAUUAGUUUUAUUGUAAGUGUUAUGUGAAUAUAUAUCCAUUUCUAAAUCUACUUAAAUCCUAAUUAGUCAAUGAUUGAUCAUGAAUUUAAUAGUAUUACAAAAUAUGUUAUGUAAAUAUUUUUUAGCUUCAUACGUCUUGGUGUUGGUAGUGUUUUAUAUGGCUAAACAAGCCGUAACUGGUAGGUGGCUCUACACUGUUGAAUAUAUGACCAAACAUACACUACCAACUGGAACUAUAUAAAAUAUAUAACACUAUAUAGUGUUCCAUUCUUGAAUCUCACUAGUCAUUAAGAAAACACCAGCUUAUGCUAAACAAUAUUUAUUGCUUAUAUUGCAAGUUAUCACUGUAUCUUGCUUAUAAAUAACAAUUGCAUAUA